AUGUCGACCACCAUUGUCUGCGGCGUCAACUGCGCCUGCGCCCCCGCCCAGUCCACCCCGGCCGCUUGCAACGCGCGCGACUCGUGCGCCUACGCCAAGGACGGCUCGUGCGCGUGCGGCGGUACGUGCUCGGCGAGUCAGGCCAAGAAGGGCUGCGCAAAGGCCGCGUCGGGCGAGUGCAGCUGCGCGCCCGGAACCUGCGCUGCGGCCGAGAGCGCCCGUGCCACUUGUGGCACCAAGAAGGACGGCGGCUGUAGCUGCGCUCCGGGCCAGUGCCAGGCCGCCGGCUUCUCUGCCUGA